CACACAAAUUCAUUACAUCCCCACCCUUCGUACCAUUCGUUACCAACACCACCACCAACCUUCUUUCUUCUUUGUGUGGGUCCGUCUUUACAAUUCCAUUUCUUAGCAUUCUACGAGAUAGAAGACCAGGAUCCACACAUUUCAAGAUCAACCUUAACCCCACGAAUCCAUUCCUCUUUGUCUUCCCUAUCUCUCUCUCUUUCUCUCUCUGUCUCUAAUUCAUGAUUCUUUAAUUCCUUCUGUUUCCGAGACCGAUCUGAUAGAUCAUUUUUCUGAUUUCUGAUCUGUUUCUCACUCUGUCUCGGAUCUUGUUCUCGUCACUUUGGAUCCGUUUUCUGUUGUUGUUUGAUAUUGAUAUCGAUAUUCCUGGUUUUGUGGGAAUUGUUAGAUUUCAAUGGGCUGUUUGGAUGAGGGGCAUUUCAACGGUGAGCUUGAGAAUGAAUUGAGUAUUGGACUUGGUGAAGUUGGUUUUGAUGAAGAGCGUGUUGCUGCCAUUGGUGAUGCUGUGAAGCUUCUCUUGCAAGGUCUUGGUGAAGAUGUAAACAGGGAAGGUCUUAGAAAGACGCCUCUUCGUGUCGCCAAAGCCCUCCUUGAAGGAACCAGAGGUUACAGACAAAAGGUGAAUGAAAUCGUUGGCGAUGCUUUGUUCCCUGAAGCUGGUCUGGACAAUAAUAGAAUCGGUCAUGCAGGGGGUGCAGGCGGACUUGUGGUAGUCCGUGAUCUCGAUCAUUUUUCCUAUUGUGAAUCAUGCUUGCUACCAUUCCAAAUCAAGUGUCAUGUCGGUUAUGUCCCUUCUGGAAAACGAGUGUUGGGUUUAAGCAAACUUUCUCGUGUGACCGAUGUAUUUGCUAAACGACUCCAAGAGCCACAACGUCUAGCAGAUGAAGUGUGUUUGGGUUUGCAACAGGGAAUAAAGCCAGCAGGUGUUGCUGUGAUACUUCAGUGUAAACAUUUACACUUUCCAGAUAUAGAAUCAAUCUUUCUUGAGUCAAACCACCAAAGGUGGGUGAAUGUGAUUGUCUCUUCAGGUUCUGGAGUUUUUGGAAACAAAAAUGCAGAUGUUUGGACCGAUUUUUUUGGCCUACUUAAAUUUCGAGAUAUAGAUAUUGAAAAUGUUUGUCCUAGAGGAUCAUCUGACCAAUGCUGGUGUCCAUCUGUGUCUUCUCUUUCUGCUAAAGUUUCGUCAAAAAUUGUACCUCUCAAUCCUGCAAUGGUCACAGCUGUAUCUUCAAUUCUAAAAUCACUGGGAGAAGAUCCGAUGCGGAAGGAACUUGCGGCAACUCCUAGCCAAUAUGUGAAAUGGUUGUUGAAUUUCCAAAGCAUUGACAUGGAUGUGAAGUUGAACGGUACUCUUUCUGGUGGCUUAAACUCUCUGAACUCCAAAUUGGAAGUAAACUCCAACAACAAACAAAUAUGCUCUGAGCUGAACUUGCCCUUUUGGUCGCAGUGCGAGCAUCAUUUACUUCCAUUUCAUGGAGUUGUUCACAUAGGAUACUUCCUUUCCGAAGGCUUCACUUGCAUCGGAAAAUCCCUUUUGCAAUCAAUUGUACAUUUUUAUGGUUUCAAGCUCCAGCUUCAGGAACAGCUUACAAGGCAGAUAGCUGAAACCAUUUCGCCAUUGUUAGGUGGAAAUGUAAUAGUAGUUGUAGAGGCCAGCCAUACAUGCAUGAUCUCUAGGGGAAUUGAGAAGAUCGGAAGUAGCACAUCUACCAUUGCUGUAUUAGGACACUUCUCAACUGACCGCGCUGCAAGGGCCACAUUCUUGCAAAGUAUUCCUACUCCUACAUAUUGCGAAGGGCAAUAGUUCUUGUGGAGCUUUCACUUGGAAGGAUUUUCUUUGCAUUCUUGAAAGUUUUGUUAACCACACUACGAGCAAUGCUGAAGCCUAGACCUCGAUGAAUUCAAAAGACAUACUAUCAUGGACAGGUUCAGAAAUUUUGAAGUCGCCUCCACUGUGAAGUUGACUUAUAGUUGAUGGUUAGAUCUUCCUUUUAUGUUUCACUUCUUGCUUAUAAUGCGAUAACAUGCCAUAAAUCAUCACUUCUUUUAGGGUGUGUUUUUAAGUUGAAGUUUUGAAGGAGAAGGGAUAGAAGUAAAGGGUUAUAAGUGCUAAACGGAUGCGACUUGCACUUCAAGCGUUUCCUUUUCCUUCUUUUCCUUCCAAAAUCAAAAUUGCAUACAAGAAAAAUUCAAGGGACAAGCACUUCUUCAGCCAGGUCCAGCACUUUGUCUUUAGAAGUUAGUUUUGGUCCCUUAAUAUAGAUUAUAAUGAUGGUUCUUCAUUUUCAUUAUACUAUAUAUAGGGUUUCAAUUUUGUUGUUUAUGUAAGGUUCUGAAAGUCAUGAUUGAAAUUCAAUUGUUGUUGUGCCUGCGAAUGCUUGAGUGCAACAUAUAUGAAGCGUUUGAAUGGAGAUUACCAAUAUCAUCUAGACA